AUGUUUCAAAGCAGGCUAGAAAGCAGAGGUAAUGAAGAUGGUGGUAACUCAAAAGCAAAAGGUCGAGCAGUCACCCCUCACCACCCCCUGCCCCACCUCCUGUCACCUUUUAUUCUACCAAGUCCACAUAGGAUGCUGACUUGGCAGCUAUACAGCUUUGAGAUACAGAAACUUCUGCUCCUUUUGGGUUGGCUACUUGUACGAAUACAUUGCUUAAAUAUAAAGGGAAAAUCAUUUUCCAAUUGGUACCUUAAUAAAAUAGCUCUUUGUUUUUAUUUAAAGAUUUUAUUCUCUAUCUCUGACUUGUGCUAUGCAGUGAAGGGCCAGGGUGUUUCUCAUGAUGCUGUGCAUUACCAAAAGCACUGUGUGUUGGACCAGGUUAACUUUUUUACCACCUAGGAUCUCUGUCAAAUUCAGCAACAGGCAGCAGGCAGGUAUUACCAUGGCAAAGGCUUUCAAGAUUCCCCAAGAUAAUAUUUUUAAUAACUUGUGUUAUGUUCAAAUUGUGGAUUUUCUCAGAGUUAACAUAAAUUCUUGACAAUGUUACAUGACAUUGUAUUUGCAUUUCCACAACUCUUCUCCGCAUUUUGAUCUACUAUUGACUUCAAAAUUUUCCAAAAGUUUCAGCUUUCCAACACUGGCAUCCAGAUCUUUUUCUCUUAUUAGGCUUUUACAAUAGGGAAAGGAGUUGAAAUGGCAAUUCUUGAAAUACUAGACAGUCAUACUGAAAGGGGUCAAAUGAGGGAUCAAAAAGGUAAAGCAUGGGGAUUGUAGUUGUAGAAAAGAUAUGUGCAGAAGCUAAAAAGGUAGCUGCCACUGGAUCACCCGGAAAACUAAAUACUCCCUCCAGUUACAAUUAUUAUUCAUUUUUGGUAAAUUAAGUUGUUUCAAAAUAUUUAACGUUCUAAAAGUAAGUCAUUUUUUUUU